AUCUGGCAUCCACAUCAUUAUUUAUGAUAGUUUUGAUAUGUAAUUGUAUAUAUUUAUACUAUAGGCUUUAUAAAAAAGAGGAAAUAUAUAACGUUCUCUGCAAUAUAGUUCCCUAUAACAUCUUUCCGUGUUUCCUUAUAUUCGCUCUUUCGACUAAAUGCAGGACCUUAACACUCCUGUGCCUUCUUCACUUGGCGUACCUGCCGUGCGUUUCGAUGUAAAUAAAGAAUUUCAAAAUCGCAGUUUGCCUCCAGAUCGUGAUAGUUCCAUUGCAAGACUUCAACGUAAGUCAUGGAUACGUUCUAAUAAUGAAAAGCGGUCAAAUCGGGAAGCUCUUAAGACUUUACUGUCAUCUCAUGGUGAUAACUCCAAUGAUUGUAUAGAGAGGUUGUUGGCUGAAGAAAUAUCAUAUCGGGAUUUGGCUUCACUCUCAAGCCCCGAUUUACAAUUGAUGGGUUUCAAAGACCCCAAGGAACGGCAGGAGCUAAUAACUUUUUUUUCAGAACUACCGAACCAGGAUCCAACGUAUAAAGAAAUAUGUGAAUUGCCUGAAGCAAAGACAUAUAAUUGUGAAAUUUUGGGCAAGGCUAUUGACCAUUUGGACAACAUGCGUUCAGCUCUAUCCGCUAUUAACUAUAAAUUGAAGAUUUUGCCUCCGGAUGACAUACUCGUAGGAGAAAAAAGUUUUGCGAGUCGUUUUGUGCUGGAAUCACUAGCAGAGUUAAAGGCCGUAACUUUUGAAAUCGAUAAAGAGAUUGACGACUUAACUAAGGUUCAACUGGACAAACGUUAUAGGCAGUUGGCUGACAUUAAUGUUAAAAAACGUCGCUACAGUUCUUUUGGUAUUUGGGCAUUCAUUUGUACGAUGACAGCGGCCGGAGCCUUUGUCUCAUUUUACAUUCCUAAACUAAUCAGAAAUUAAAGAAUCAUAGUUUUUACAGAAUGUACAUACUUAUUAAUAUAUUUCAGGAAUUUCAAAUU